AACACACAUUCCACUACAGCCUCUCUCUCUCUCUCUCCCCCUCCCCCACCCCUGCAAGUCCACAGUAUUUUGAUCUCUUGCUCUGUCUUCCUCUACAUUCUCUUGAUCACCGUACCAUGAAUGCCUGUAGAUCAGAAGAUAAUUCAUACUGUUAUUUCCAUCCCAAAGAGGUUUUUGUCGGGAUUUGCCCAUUGUGCUUGAAUGAGAGGCUCCUCAUAUUGGCAACGAAGCAAGGUAGCCUUUCUGCAGCGAGAGAAACUCAUAGGAAUGAAGGUACAGCACACAGGAAGCCACCCAUCAACCUUACAAAGAUUUUUGCUUUUGGUUACCUGCUAAAUCGGUUUGAAUUUCGGCACUGGAAGUCUGAUAACUCUGGCCAAGACGCUGCCUCCACCAGUCAAGAAGCUUUUGCAGACUCCUUUAUAUCGAUUAAGUUUGAAGACAAUGGUGCUGCCUUGUGGGAAAAAGGCACAGUUUCUAAGGUCUCUAUCGAGCCUGGCAGCAAGUCAUGGAAUCAAAAUCUGAACAAGGAAGCCAAACAAGGCAAAGACACUAAGGAGGCCAUGACUGUGAUAGGGCAUGCAAAACCGCAUGCCUCACUUAGGUGGCGAAGGAGGAUUGAUCAUAUGUUCCAGCUUAUCAGAAGGAAGAGAUCAUCCAACAAAGGACAUAUGUGCCAUGUGGGCACCGAGGUGGAGGGAGUCAAGGUGAGGAAGGGCUGGAUAAGGACCCUGACAAAGAGGAGAACCAAAGAAUAAAGAGAACUCUAUAGAAAGGGACACCUGCCUUUUCCACCACACCGUCCUCUUUGUGGGUUGAGGUUCAUUUCGGACUGUAAAGUUCUAUAUUAUUGAGAUGGUAGAGUCAAAAUAGCUCCAUCAAGUGUUUAAAAAAGUGCUUGGCUUUGAGAUUCGCGGGGUUCUUUAUUUUUUCCAUGUUUAUAAACAGUACAGGCUGUAAGAGAUUCGGUGCAAUGUGCUUUUGCUUCACGAUUUGCGUUGAUGAUAUUGAACAUACCUAAUAGAGAGAGAUAUUUGUGAAUUCUUUUCCCAUGCUAAAACUAGUUGACCUCACGUUAGGUGCACAUACAGAGGGGGGAACAUGGGGCCAUUCAAGGGCCUCAAUGGAGGAUAGUGCUUACACUUUGAUCCUUCGUUCGUGUAAUUCCUUCCUAAAAGAGCACCUAAUCCAUGAGAUUGUAAA